CACCAAAUCAAUAUCCGGUUCCUGAUAAUUAUAUGGUGGAAACAACCUAUGGAAAAAAAGAAAUAAUGAUUACUUGUUUUAUUAAUUAUUAUAAUGAAAAACCUCGUUAUAAAAUACAAUUUGGAUUAAAUGAAAAUGAAUAUGUAUAUUCAGAUCAUUCACCAACAGAUGCAGCAAAUGCAUACCUAAAAGCUUAUUAUGAAAAAAUCGCAUUUGAAGAAAGGGCUAAAAAUCCAAAUAGUUUAACAAGUCUUGAAGAUCAUAUUAAGCAAUAUUUUUCUGCAAAAGAUAAUGUCACAAUCGAUGAAUUAGUUUUUACAAUAAAUAAUUCAAGAUUCCGGAUUAUAUAUCAACCUAAAGCCAAUGAUGAAGCAAAACCUAUAUUUGAAAGAUUAAGUCAAAUAAAUGCAAUUAUGGAUAAGAAGAUUCCAAUUUAUCUAAUUAAAUUACAACAAUUUAAAGAUAAAUUAAACUCUGAUCAUGAAAUUCAUAUCACAGAUUCUGAAAUUAUUAAUGAAGUCGAGAGUUCAUUGGGAAAUGGUACAAGACGUUCAAUUAAAGAUAUUUUAAGAUUUCUUAUACCAUCUAUGGUUAGUAAAGGAAUACUUAAUUAUUCUGAACCAACAUUACAUAUUCGUAUUAGUGGUGACGGAAGAAAUGUUGGUCACAAAAUCAAACAUGUAAUGAGUUAUGACACAUUAUGUAUUGCAUUAGCACCAUUAAUAGAAGAGCUACAUGAUAUUAAGACUGGAUUUAUUGAUAACAAUGGAUAUAAGUGGAAUAUUGAAUUAUAUAUCUCUGCUGAUUGGAAAUUUCUCGGUAUUUGUCUAGGACAUAAAUCAGCCAAUAGCGCAAAUUUCUGUCUUUGGUGCUCAAUAAAUAAAUCUCAAAAUGGAAUUUUAGAAUUAAAUAAUGAACGACAAGAUAAUUGGACUAUUGAUAAGAACAUUGACGAUAUUAAUCAAAACUAUCAAAAUAUCUUACGACAUAAAAAUUCUCCUUUAUUUUCGAUGAUUCCAAUUUGCAACUGGGUUGUCGAUGAAUUACACUUAUUAUUACGCAUAUUUGAUCGACUAUGGGCACUUGUUUUAAGUGAACUUU